AUGGCGACUGCAGGAGACGAUAAUCUAGCACAGCGUAUUCGCCGUGUAACAGACGUUGCUCAAGAACCACAUCAGUAUCUUUUACCAAUUUGUGGUUAUGAAAAAUUACCACUUGUUCCACUUGAAAUAGCUAUUGAAGAACUUGUUAAUUUUCUACCAAAUAUUCAAAGUUUUGCUUAUGUAGCUAAGCAAAGAUGUGAAGAACCUGCUGAUGGACUUACACAAGAUGAAUCAGCUGCUAUCAUGCUUUAUUCUAUGGGAUGGGAACCACUUGAUGAAUGUCUUUACUUUGUGUUGAAUAGUACUCUACGAUCACCAGAUCGACGAAAAUUGAACCCUUGGUUACUCUAUUUGAGGCUAUUUCUGAAUGGACUUUUUCGUCUUCCAUCAAUUACUCGAACUAUUUAUCGAGGUGUUAAAUUAAAUUUGAGCAAAUCAUAUAUCAUGGGAAAAACAGUUGUAUGGUGGGGAUUUUCAUCAUGCACUACUUCAUUAAAUGUUUUACAAUCAGAACAAUUUUUGGGCAAGAGAGGAACGAGAACAAUGUUUCACAUUGAAUGCGAAUCUGGAAAAGAUAUUCGAAAUCAUUCUUUUUUUCCAUCAGAAGAUGAAAUUCUUUUGCUUGCUGCAACUCAAUUCAAAGUUAUCGGUUGUCUUGAUCAAGGUGAUCUUCACAUAAUUCAACUCAAAGAAACUCAACCACCUCAUCCACUCUUGCAACCAGUGUCGAUCGUUACUCUCCCGAACAAUCAACCUUCUACUAUGCCGACUUUAUCAGCAUCAAAAAAAACACAUACAUCACCACAGUCAACAGUUGCCGCAUCAAAACCGACACCUCCAGUGAAAAAUAUGACACCAUCAUUGGUAAAAGUAUCAGCUCCGACUUCAUCACCACCUCAGUAUCAUAAUCAUGAACUUGAACGAAUCAUUGCUGAUAAUAAAGAUAGCUCAGAGUUGAGAUUGUUAUCGAAGAAGUUGACUGAUGAAGAUAUGGAAAUUGUGGCCUAUUAUGCUCUGCGCAACAACCAGACAUUCAAAACCAUCAAUCUUUUGAUCAAUCAAAUCGGAGAACAAGGAGCACAACAUCUUGCUAAUGCUUUACGAGACAAUGUCACACUUCUCACACUAAAUCUGGGGCAAAAUCAUAUUGGAUAUAAGGGAGCACAAUAUAUGGCUGAUGUAUUACGGCACAACAAAACACUGAAAGAUAUCAGCUUAGAUGAGAAUAAUAUUGGAGACGAAGGAGUAAAACAUUUGGCUGAUGCAUUGAGAAAUAAUCAGCUAAUGCAUCGUGAAAUAACAAAGCGAGUAAGAUCACCUUUUCUUGCUUGUAAUUUUAUUACUUCUCGUUCAAUACAGACACUGAAAAACCUUAAAGUCUCAAGUAAUAAAAUAGGUGGAAAAGGUGCUCAAUAUCUCAUUGAAGUAUCACAACAGAAUCAGGCACUCAAAGAACUUAACCUCCAAGGAAAUGAAAUAGGCGAUGCCGGCAUACGACUUGUCUCUAAUGCAUUACGAAAUAACACAACGCUGACUAGCCUCAGUCUUUACUCAAAUCAAAUUGGAGACCAAGGGAUACAACAUCUUGCCAAUGUUUUACGAGACAAUGCCACAUUGGAAAAAAUUGAAGUAUCUCGCAAUCAUAUUGGAGAUGAAGGAGUAAAACAUUUGGCUGAUGCAUUGAGGAAUAAUCAGACACUGGCACAAUUGAAUCUCGACUAUAAUGAAAUCGGAGGAAAUGGAGCGAAAUAUUUAGCUGAAGCAUUGCGAAACAACAAGACAUUGACAUAUCUCAAUCUCAGAGAUAAUAAAAUCGGAGACACAGGAGCACAACAUCUGAAUGCACUUAAGUUGAACAAUAAACAUUUAGCUGUAUAUUUUUAA